UUAGAUAGCAGCGAGAAAUUAUACGAGUUUUUGGUUAUAUUUUGAGUUUUUUCUACUUCCUACUGAAUAGUAUAAUAUCGGUACAUCGAAUAUGGACGAAAAGACAACGGGAAAAGGAUCUUUGGAUGACAGUUUGACCAGUAUUCAAUGGCUUUGUCAACUGGAAUCAGACAACCUCGUGGAAACCAAGUCGUAUAAGAAACCCGAGCCUGCGGCUUCCAGUUCAAUCAACCGCCCUAUUGAAAACAAUAAUCCAUAUCCCAAACCUCAGUAUUCGUAUGCUUCUCUGAUUGUGUUAGCAAUUAAUAGUGCGAAGGACAAACGAAUGACCUUGCAGCAAAUUUAUGCUUGGAUUGAGGACAAAUUUCCUUUUUACAAACAUGCAAAGAAAGGCUGGAAAAACUCCAUUCGGCACAAUUUGUCUCUUCACAAAUUUUUUAUCAAAGAGCAACGUGCUGACGUCCUUUACGGCAAAGGAAGCUUCUGGCGAAUCUCGCCCGAGGGCAAGGAAAACCUGUUACGUGAUAUUUUGAAGCCAUCCGCUAGCAACCUUCGACCACCGAUGAUGUUCCUCCCACAUGACCCCAACAGCAAGCUACGACACAUUUUACCAAAGCCUUGUCUGGACGCAGCAAAAUUACAGUACGUUCCCAUGCUCGACUUUAGCGUACCUAUCGUCCUAGUACCGAGCACCACCGAGAGUGAAAACCAGAUGUUUCACUCUUUGAAUGUAAAAUCCACUCAUGACGUUGCGCAGAAUUGUUAUGUAAACUCGUCCCAACAAGGUCCCGUCCACACCUUUGCCAAGUCAGAAACUGUAGUGAUUGACAGUGGAAGUCAGUAUCCAAUGUCAUUUUCUCAGCCUGCUGAAAGCGCUGAUGAACUGAAUGUCGGUGUCUCUGACGAUGGAUCUUUGAAAGAAACCGCCUCCGAGGCCAUCCCAACCAAAGUUUCUUCAAAAACACCAACAAAUGGUAAAAGAAGACGCAAAUCUACAAGUUGUGAACCUAAAGAAACGUCGUUAAAAGAACAAUCAAAUAUACCAAAAUCGUUAAAGCGAGUCCCCAAUAUAUUACGGCGUAAUAAAAAGUUCCGCAUAAAAUCACCUGACAAGCAAGAAUCGAAAAUUCAUACCCUGCAAUCAGAAACUGUAGAAAUUGACAGUGGAAGUCAAAAUCCAAUGUCAUUUUCUCAGUCUGUUGAAAAUGUAGAUGAACUAAAUAACGGUGCCUGUGAAGGUGGAUCUUUAAGAAAAACCACCUCCGAAGCUGUUGAAACCAAAGUUUCUUCAAAAACACCAGCUAAAUGUAAAAGUAGACGCAAAAGUAGAAGUCGUAAUGAUCCUAAGGAAACGUCGUUGAAAGAACAAUUAGACGAGUCGAAAUUCUCGAAGCCAGUUCCCAACAUAUUACGACGUGAUGAAAUGUUCCGUGCAAAAUCACCUGAAAAAAUAACACCGAAAAUGCAAACCCCGCUCAAAAACGCUGCACAAUCGACUUUGGCUGAAAUUAACUGUAGCAAUGAUCGCACACCGCGUUCUCCAAACGGAAGAGUGGACGACUUUGCCAACAUCUUUGGCGCUCCUGGAGCUUCGCCCUUGGGACGCAAUCGCUCGUUUGAAUUCCUCCGAAGUUGCUUUGGCAGUCCUGGAAUUUCACCUCUCCGGUCGCCGGUUUGUUUUAGCUCGGGUUUUACUCCUCCCACGCAAGGUGAUUGUGAAGCAGAGUUCUUGAGUACGCCGAUCAGAUCUUGUCUGGCAGAUUUAUCAUUUAAUAAUUGGACUCCGCUACACAAGGGAUUCACACCGAUAUCGAAUAAUACACCAAACUCUAACUGUACCAGUAACCAGCGGUGUAGAAAGUCUCUUUCACUUGAACCAAUUAACGAAUUGAACGAAUCUAUAUCAAAAACUACUUGGUAGUUGGUACGCAGUGCUACGCUGAACUUGUAGAAAUGGGUCAGUGGCAGCAUUCUUUAAGGCCAUUUUGCACUAGGCGAAUUUAUUCGCGCGAACUUCUUAAAAAAGUCGGGAGCGGUUCUAUUUUUUUCGCAAACUAACAGACCUUUUGCAUUACAGCCUACUUUUUGAUCUAUGCAAGGAAAUGCAAUGCAAAGUUUGAUUGCGAAAUGUUGUAAAAUACGGAAAAUAUAGUAUAGCGUUGCAAAGUUUGCAAAUUUGUAUACCUUUUACGACAAACGGAAAUUGUUACCAUUUUUGGCCUGAAAGUAUUUUGCAACAUUUCGCAACCAAACUUUGCAUUUCUACUAAUUUCAGUACGCUCUUUUCAGCUGUGGUGACUUGAUUGCAUUUCCUUGCAUGGAUAAAAAAGUAGUCUAUAAUGCAAAAGGUCUAUUACACAUCAAACUCUUUCCCUAUUGAGAUGAACAUUUGCUCAUCAAACUAGUGUCCAGUUUUUUCUGUUACAAAACGCCUUGUAAAACAAUAUGGUGUCUAGACAAAAGCGCGCAUUAUGUAAACCUCGACGUUUUGUCAACGAAUUCGCGGUUCGAUGUGGAAAAAAAAAUCAUUUAAACGGGAGGCGAAAAACGAUAACCUCUACGAGGUUGAGAUUAAAGAGGUUGAUUUAAAAAUAAAUGUGUUGUACCCAUUUUAAUUAAAGGAUACGAUUCGCGUUUUGAUGAAUGGCGACCCUAUGGCAAAGAUAAUAUAUUUCCCGUUUCUUCAGCAUGAAAAGCCUCGUGUUUUGGCCGCCGCGUCAAUAUAGACGAUACAUCACGAUAGAGCCGAUAAUAACAAUAAAACCUUUUGAUUAAAAUUCGCCCUUAUACUCAUAGGUAGCAGAUGUGAACGAAAUUAAUGUCCCCUAUUCCAGAAUAUUAUAUACACAAUAUAUCAAUAAGAAAAUCAUUAAUAUGUACUAGCUGUAGCGGUGUAGGCUAUUGCCGACGGUAUUUACAGUAUAGACAGCAUUUGUCUGGCUUAAAAUUUGCCAAAAUAUACACAA